ACCGGUCAGGCGAGAUUCGCACAGAAAUUCCCCAGAUCUCUCUCGCGCGCCAAUGGCAUCGAUGGACUCCGGCGAGGGGCAGGCAGCGCCGGUUCCGGUGCCUGCGCCGAGGGCCACCGUCACGCACGUCAUCUUCGACAUGGACGGGCUCCUGCUAGACACGGAGGGGUUCUACACGGAGGUUCAGGAGAAGAUCCUCGCGAGGUACGGCAAGGUAUUCGACUGGUCCCUCAAGGCCAAGAUGAUGGGCAAGAAGGCCACGGAGUCGGCGCGCAUCUUUGUGGACGAGUGCGGCCUCACUGGCCUGCUCACUCCGGAGCAGUUCCUCGAGGAGCGCGAGAGCAUGCUGCAGGAGCUCUUCCCCUCCUGCGUCAUUCUCCCUGGGGUGCUACGCUUGAUUCAUCAUCUCCAUGCAAACAAAAUACCUAUCUGUGUUGCGACAGGAUCCCAUAAACGUCAUUUUGCACUGAAGACACAGAACCACCAGGAAAUGUUUGCCCUGAUGCAUCACGUUGUUAUGGGGGAUGAUCCAGAGGUGAAGGCUGGCAAGCCAUCUCCUGAUAUUUUCCUUACUGCCAUGAGGAGGUUUGAGGGUAAUGUAGAACCCAGUAACUGCUUGGUAUUUGAAGAUGCACCAUCAGGUGUAGGAGCAGCUAAGAAUGCUGGAAUGUAUGCGGUGAUGGUUCCAGAUCUGAGGCUGGAUGUUUCAUACCACAAACAAGCUGACCAAGUUCUCAGUUCCCUGUUGGAUUUCAAUCCGACCGAAUGGGGGUUGCCACCUUUUACAGAGUAGCGAAAUUUAUUUUGAUGACUAGGUUGUUCAAGUGAGCACAAAAUUUGCAGGGCAAUUUAAUUCUCAAAGCUAGAGUUGUGGUUAGGGUAAGUGGUAACCUUGGAGCAUUCUUGCUGUGUAUGAUCUGGUGACAGUAAAUUGAUGCAUACUUCAAUAAAGAAUUUCCCGUCAACA